UAUCGCACAAGUGAUCUACAUAAUAUAUAAAUCCAUUCUGAAUGCAGGUGCUGGGUAUAAUUGAAAUUUGGUCAGAUUCUUUAGAAGUGAUUGACUGUUUGCCGAUGUUAGUUCUCAGCACGGUAUCGAUAAGUAAACUGAUUUGUGCAAUAUAUACGUUAUCAGAGAUUAAAAUACUUUUGACGAGAAUGCGACAGUAUUGGUAUUCUCCAAAGUCGGAUGAAGAGACUAGAAUUCUGCUUUCAUACGCAUUGUAUGGAAAGAAAUUAAGCUACGUUUAUACAGGCGAGUUGUUUCUCUCUGUGAUAACGAGUACGGAAGAUGUGAAUCACUUGUUGAAACACACUAGUUAUCUAAGCGCACUUUUACUCAACACAUUCGUUGAAAAUUGGCAAGGUCAGAAAAUAAUAGAUUCCAGCGAAAAGGUGUAUGAAUCCGCAUACAAUGCGGAAUGGUACAAAAUGCCAAUAGCGCAAAGAAAGCUUUUCAUUAUGAUCAUGAUGAAAAGCAGAAAAUCAUUGAAAAUAACCGCGGGUAAUUUUGUUAACUUGUCAUAUGUAAAUUUCAAUGCAGUGAGUAAAACGAUAGCUUAGUUAUAAUAGGGAAGACUAGGGACAGUUGUUACAAUUUUUAGAAAUAUA